AUGGCCCGCGCCGCGACCCCCGCCGCCGCCCGCCUCCUCCGCGCCGCGCUGCUGCUCCUGGUCCUGGUGGCCGCCGGCCGGCGCGCAGCAGGGGCGCCUGUGGUCACCGAACUGCGCUGCCAGUGCCUGCAGACCUUGCAGGGGAUUCACCUCAAGAACAUCCAGAGCGUGAAGGUGACGCCCCCGGGACCCCACUGCGGCCAAACGGAAGUCGUAGCCACUCUCAAGACUGGUCAGGAAGUUUGUCUCAACCCUGAAGCUCCCAUGGUUAAAAAAAUCAUCAACAAGAUGCUAAACAAGUAUUGUUUACCUCAGUCUCUCAUGGCCUUCAGCCCUGAAAAUAGAACCCUUGGUUUUGGACAAUGCGCGCCUCUGAGGCUUAGUGGUGAAGAGCAGGGAAUUUGUAGUGAGACCAACCCCUUCCACCCCAAUGCGAAUCUAGAUUCCACCCUUUAUAUUCCUAUAACCUCGGGGAAAGCCCCGCCUCCUGACGGUCCAGGGGUUCCUUCGGCCCCGCCUCCGGCCCUCACUCGGCUCCUGGCCCCACCCGUGCGUUGUGCCCUCGGGAACCUUCGGCUGGAGAGGCUCGCUCCCCCGCCGAGCCCGGUCGGGGCAGAGCCCGGCCUGCAGCUGCGAGGACCGGAGCGGCGGGAGGUGGCGCCUCUGUUCUGGAGCCAGGAUUAG